AUGAGAAGAGUGCAAACCAAAAAAGUGACGCAAAAAGUUGGAUUACAAAGAUGUAUUGUGCAUAAGAGUUCUAACCAAAUACAAAAUGAAUUUGUACAACUAUGUACAUAUUAUACUUCACAAGAUAUUAGAAACCAAGCUUCAUUACACUUAGAAAAUUAUAAGGAUUAUAGUAAUGAAAGCUUACAAGAAAGUUUUUCAGAAGAAAGUCAGCAUGUUAAUAACGACUUUGAAUGCAGUUUCUCUAUAGAUUUGGAUAUGUUGAGUAGCGAAUUGGAUACUUUAAGUAGCAUGUCGAAUACUUUGAGUAGCAGUAACCAGUUAAUAAUUAUGGAAGAAGUUGGACUACAAUCAGAAGUAACACAAACUAUAGUAGAUAGUGGAAUUGAUUUUCAGCCGCUAUCCGGAGAGUACGGUCCAUACUUCAAAAACUUUACCGAGAUGUCGCUAUUUAUUUGGGUUACUAAAUAUAUGAUCAGAUCAUUCAUUAAAUAUAAGGAUAAAGAAACAAAAAUAGGAAGAAUUUUAGCAAUAGUUUCAACUUCGAAUGGUACCAAAUUAAAGAUUCAACAUCUUUAUUUUGGCUCCGAAUUGCCAAGGAUAUUUGCAAGCUCAAUACGAAAAGAGCGAUCAAAGAAUGGAGAACUAUGGUUAAGCAAAAUGACAUACCUGACUGAUCUAUUUAAUGUUAUUGAACCUGUUACAGUUUGGCUUCAGGAUACUCUAGAGUUACCUAAUUAUCAAUUUAAUGUGAGAGAAAUCUUAUAUUGUCAUAAAGGCCAGUGGAAGAUAAGAGAUUGUAAACUGAGACAUCUUCAUCCAAUUGAAUAUACUCAAAUUCCAAUGUCAACUCCUCAUAAUGUGCCUACAUUAAAAAUAAUGUUGGAUAUUUAUCAUGACGAUUUCGGUACAUUCCAUAAUGUGUACCAUUCCUUGGGUAGAAUUUAUCUUCAAUUCUGCAAUAUGCCUUUACGGCUAAGAAAGCAAUUAAAGAAUCAUUUUGUUUUGGGUUUUGUUCCAUUUGGAGGAGAAUUUGAUGAUGUAAUGAAGCCAAUUAUAGAUGAAAUUAAAAUUUUAGAGAAAGAUAUUUUGAUAAAUAUUGCGGGUGAAUAUAUAUGGAUAAUAGCCACUUUGGGCGUUAUAACUGCAGAUCUCCCUUAG